AUUACACCCGUGAGAAGCCUCCGCCUCUACUUUUGUUUAGAACAGGAUUCCGUUUCGGUUCUGUACUGCGUUACGCGUUUCAACUACGGAGUAUCGAUGGGUCGGCUCCUUCCGAUCGUUUAAUUAACACUUUCACGACCUUUCAUCGCGAUCCACUUUUCAGUCUUCCUCGUUAGAGAACGGAUCGCGUUUCCGACUAGUUACCCGAUACGGAUCUCACCUUUCUUGUCUUGAAUUUUAAUUCUCCCUCACGUCCAGCGCGGCUCUUCAGAGAUUGAAAAUCGUACAACGAUUAAUUCAAACAAUUCAUGAUUUAUCGUAUUAUUUUAUCAUUGAAUAUAAUUCGUGACGUCAGAGAUUUUAACAUGCGUCAAUACAUUGAAUUCUACCUGCACCGAGGAUUGCAUUACGUGUUGCAAGGAACGAAACGAGGCUCGAUCAGGUUUCAGUUGUCCGAACGUGCGUUAUAAACUAUUUGUAUGUAUGUUAUAAAUGAAGAACGCGAGGUGGCACAAUGUCACGCAGCGAUAACGCAAACAAGUCAACAAGCAGCUUGUCCAACGGCAUGGUCAAUGUCAACAAGCGACUCCGUGGCGUCGAGAUUCCGCACGAUCAGCUGUAACGCGUGUUCUGGAUACGUGAGUGAUUACCAUAUCAAACGUGCCGAGAGGUUCCCGCGGAAUCCCUUAAAAACGGGACCGGGUCUAGAGAUCGUCACAAUUGGAGUAAAACGAUCAAUCGAGUCACUUGUGAGACACGAGAGAGAGAGAAAAAUGCGUCCGAUCGCUUGUUACACGAUUCUCCUGCUGUGCCUGGCGGUGAGCCAUGCCGCGUCUACGGCUAGGCUCGAGAAGACUCUGAAGAACGAACUCGAAGAGAGCCUGCACGGCGAAGACAAGAGCAGAGCCAAGAAGUCUACGUACACGUCCUCGUCUGGGAACCUGAAGCUUCAGUCUAGCAGUAAUCUGCAAGGCCAGUCCUUCUCAGAAUCUGAAGGUUUCCAAACUGUCAACAUGCAAGGAGGAUCUCCUCAACUACAGACGAUCGUCAGUCAACCAGUUUUGCAAGGAGGAGUACAGAGUUACAGUUUGCCGUCAUCCAUUCGGACGUACAAACUACGACCAGGUCCUCAAGUUUACGGCUUCCAGUCGCCUGCUGAGACUAUCAGCGUCCAGCAGCCCAGCAAGACUGUCAACAUGCAGUCCUCGAUACCUUUGCAAGUCGUCAACUAUCAACAACCUCCCCAAACUGUAAGCAUCCGAAAGCCGACUCUUUCUUACGGUCUCCAAGUCCCGUCGCAAAUAAUCAGCGACCAAUCCGUUCAGCAACCUCUUCAGAUCCUAAACGCUCCUUCUCAGCAACUGCAAACCGUCCAAUCCUACAGUGUUCAACAAUCGAAACCGAUUCAAGUUCUGAGCGUGCCGACCUCGCAGCCGGCUCAGACUUACAACUUCCAAUCCUCUUCUCAAACGUUCGGAGUUCGGCCAGCUGUUCAAAGACCGAUACAAGUUCUGAGCCUCCCGCAAAAAGUUCAAACUGAAACCUUCAGCAUCCAAUCUCAGCCACAAGUUCAGACCUUGAGCUUCCAAUCCGGCUCGCAACCUGUGAGCUUCCAAUCCGGCUCACAACCUGUGAGCUUCCAAUCAGGCUCGCAACCUGUGAGCUUCCAAAUUCCGCAAGUAGUGCAAUCAAGUCCUAUUGAAACGCUGAGCAUUCAACAGAAGCCAGGUCAGACUUUCAACAUCCAAUCGCAACCGUACGAAACCGUCAGCAUCCAACAAUCACCUUCACAAUUAUCGGAAACCGUGAAGGUAAUCGAUACUCAACCUUGCUAGGGUCCGAUUCGAAUUUCUCUGGGCCCCCAAUCUGGCGAUAACGUGGACAUAAUCGAACCUAUCUCCGACCAAACCAAAGUGAACAUCGACCAA